AUGAAAGACAGAGUUUGGAUUGUAGAUGUCGUAUAUUGGAAUCUUAUGUCUAGCCCUGGUUCUUCCUGGCCAGGGCACUCCAACAUUUAAUAAUGUUACUACUGGAAGUGGUAUACUAACUGAAGGAAGCUCUGUUGAUCUUUGCUGUAAAGUGAAGGACCUAACUGAUGACUACUCAACCUAUUGGUAUAGAAGAACAAAAACAGGUGAUAGGACAGUCAUUUACAGGGAUGGCACACUGAUAAACAGUAAGCUGGGUCGAGAGGCAGAAGCUUACUCACUCCAUAGUGUAUAUGAUUUACAAAUAACACAGUUGAAAGGUCGUAAUCUUGGUGGUCUACUUAAUGGUAACAUUUACACUUGUGAAAUAAUUUUGAAGGGUACAGGUGAAGCAGUGCUUGUAUCAAGUGGUAUCAUCCUGGACACUUACUAUCCUCCAUUACCUAUGUAUCCAAUCUGUAAAGCAUGCAACUUUUCAUCCGAGUUCAUCGGAUCAAGUGUAACUAUCUCUUGCUAUUCUGAACCUGGUGUGCCAACAGUCAAUCUACAAUGGACUAGAAAUGGAGAAGACGUUAACAGCCUACAAUCAGCCACAACCCAUUCUUUUGUCUAUGUGAAUUAUACAUUCAUUCUUGAAGAAGAUGAUUUGGGCACCAUAUUUCAGUGUAAAACCACACAAAAUGAUUGGGAAAUAGGAACUUGUAAUUUAGAAAGAGACACACUUUCCUACUGCUACUCAGACCCAACACCAACUGAGGGUCCUGAUGACAAGAGUUUUUCCUUGAUUAUUACAAUCACUGUCAUUACAUCAAUCAUCCUCUUGUGUGUUUGUGUUUGCCUUUUUUGCUACAUAUACAGGAAAAGAGGAAAUGAGCAACCAACAAAUAAUGGUUCUAACAACAAGUUAGAAAAUGUUGAACCCGUAUAUGAGCAGCCUUGCAGUCCUACAUGUAAUCCAGAAGAUGUGGAUUUCAAUGUUAUAAAUAUUGUAAAUGGAAGUGAAGUACUCCAAGAUGGCUAUCAUACUCAUAUUGAAGUAAACAACAGUAGAUCAAGAAGUGAAAAACGCGCUGUGGCAAACCUGUACGAUUUAUAAACUAGAUGGGCAGACUUUCACUAACAAUUAUUUGAAUUUCCAAAUACAGUACCUUGAUUGGUUAUGAAUUUUUGCAUACAUUGGUCAUUUAAUUGUGACCUACUCCCUGAUAACAUUUUUGGAUAAAUAUUAAAGAAAUAAACAAAAAGUUUAUUACCCCCCUACAUCCAAGACUUGGAAUAAUGUAGCGUCAAUGGUACAAAGGAUUGAAUGUCUAUUUUGAUAAAAAAAAAAAAAAAAACCAGAUGUAAUUGCAUGUCCUCUUCAUAUAAUUGGACUCUAGGGUUUGUACCAAAAAUUAUUAACAUUUAUCGCUUUAGAUUAUAGAAAAUAAUAAAGGACCUAACAUUUCUACCUGAAUUAAAAAUUUUAAAAAUAUAUUUUGAGCUCUCUUUAAAUCAGUCAUGCAUCCACCCCCUGGAGAAGGGGUGCAUAUUCACCAGUGAGGAGAGGCCAACAAUUUUUUCACGGAACACAGAAUAAGAACCUCGGCCCUCUGGUUUUUACCUUACAAAUCGCUUCAUGGAUAACUAAAGUCGGUAUGAAAAGUUAAUCUUAAUUCUAAAAUAAGGUCUAUAUCAAGAUUGGAGUUGUACAGGGUUAAGUCAUGGUUUUAACACAUAAAAUUAAAUGUAGUUAUUGGUUUUUGAAAAAAAUGAAAAAUAAUUAAGGAAAUUAAUUGGAAAUUGCUUUAUAUAUGUACUUGAAUAAAAUUGUUGUUUUUUUUAAAUAUAUUCUUAGAUAAGCAUUUUAUAUAUUAUAUAUACUAACAGUAAAUCUUUAAAUAAAUAAAGCCUCCAAAUAAAAUAGUUGGAGGCUUCAAUGCAGUGCUUGUUCGAGAGCAGCGCUUAUUUAAGAGGAGCGCUAAUAAAAAAAAUAUUGGCAUGUCGCUUUCCAUGCCAUUUUCAUGUUACCUAUCUUAUGUAUUCCCGUAGUUCUGCAGCCCUAUCAUAAGCCCUACAUCAUCGUAAACGUUUACAGAUGUUUACAUAUAUGCUUGUGGCUUUCAUUGUAUUCGUUUUAUUCACUUGAACACUGUUGUGUUAUAAAACCCUAUUUCUUGAAGUGUUUCAUUAGACACGGGGUAAUGUACUCUUGAUUAAGCACUGUGGCGCUUAUUCAAAAUAGAAUGAGUUUUAUGUUGAUUUUUCUAGAUGGUCAGGAAAUUUGUUAUAGACCUGUGUUAUAAGAACUUGAACAGAGUGUGGUUAGCAGCUAUUACAUUAAGCAGUACAGGAAGAGAUGAACUGGAAUGAACUGAAGUUAAAGAAUAUUGUGGAUACCGACAUGAGUUUUCAAAUAAUUAUGGAAGAAAUAAAAGGAAGAGAAAGUUCAGACUGAUCUAAUUUGGAUGUUUUUGCUGUUUAAGUAUUGUGGUGCUUAAGACGACAUUAAGAGUGCCCUCUAUAUUUUCUACUCACUAAAUUUCACUGACAUUUAGUCAAAGUUAGAUGUGCACUCUACACUAUAAAGUAUUAAAUGGAAUCACCAAAUAAUACUAAUAAUAAUAAAAAUAAAAAUAAUAAAUAAUAAUAAUAAUAAUAAUAAUAAUAAUAAUAACAAUAACAAUAAUAAUAAUAAUAAUAAUAAUAAUAAUUUACACUUAUAAUAUCACAUAUAUCGCAUAUUAUCCAAACUCUAUGACAAAGUUUUAUUGGAAUGACAGAAUGAAGGGUAUUUUUUGUAAAGAGACUCAAAGUCCUAAAAAAGUGACAAAUGAUAAAUAAUGAGUUGUCUACUGUAGAAAAUAAUUUAUUGAAUACUGCAUCACUCGAAAGGUAUCGAAAGUGCACUAUACUAAUAUAUAGUUUAUUCUAUCAUUACAGUUUUCAUUAUGCUCUACACGAUAAGUUGUCAUGCAUCGUGAUGGAUGUGUCAUAAUUUUUAAAUGUUAUUCAUUUUUUUCAUUCUCUUCCGAACUCGCCAAUUACAGCCUAAAAGCAUUUCUGUUUGUAGAACAUUCACCAUACAGCUAUAAAUCAUUUACUUCUGCCAUUUGCUUGAUUAAAUAAUGUAUAAAUAUUUUAACUUUCUACUACAAUUUAAUAGAAAGUAAUUUUUGAAUUUUGUAUUUUAUAGAUUUAACGGUUUGUUGAAUUGUAAUUCAUAGUUUAUACACAAUAUAUCAUUUAAAGUUAUAUAUUACUACACUAUUAUUAUCACACUAUAUCUACAUCACUACACAGCGGC